AAGAGACUCACCUCAAAGCCUUGUCUUCUGCUACUAGUUCUAGCACUCACAGUGUGUUGUCUACUGCUCAGAAGUCCUAUGUAGCAAGAAGUUCUCCCUCAGUACUUGUGAGCAUUGCAAGAAGAAUACUCAUCGGUCUAAAAAUUAUUUUGUUAAAUUUUCAGAGAAGUUGGCUGAUUUCCGUGCAUGACGGGCAACUCGUGGUCAUGGCACAGGUUCUGCACCUAGAGGUUCAAUUGCUAUUGCUUCUACUUCACCAGCUACAUCGUCCUCAUCGUCAUGGGCUCUUGACUUAGGGGCCUCCUUUCAUGUGACAUCUGAUCAGUCACAGUUAGUCUCUUCUACACCCAUCACAGAAGAUGCCUCUGUUCAGACCGCAGAUGGUACUUUAUGCCAUAUAACCCACAAGGGUUCUCUUUGCACUCCUCAGUUUACUAUUCCUAAUAUAUUUUUUGUUCAUGGGUUGUCUAUGAAUCUUCUCUCAGCUGGACAAAUUACAGACCAAAAUUGUUUUGUUGGAUUUGAUGACUCUUGUUUUGUACAGGAUCGUCGCAUAGGGGCUGUGAUUGGGACCUCUGUUUACAAAUCGUCCGACUAAUCGCGAUUAAUCGCGAUUAGUCGGGCUGGUCACCUGUAAGCGGCCGACCAGAGGGACGACGCGAUCAGAUUUCCUGGUCGUCCUAAUCGUCGCUUAAUCGUCCAAAGCGACCGAUUAGUCAUCCGAUUAGCUAGGUUCUGGUCGACCAGUGCUGGCGGGCUAAAUGUGGCUGUGCUAUUGGGCUUCACCGUUUUUUUGGCCCAGUAGCCGCAUACAUCUGUUGGCGCCCCUAAACCCUAAAUCCUCCCUGUGCAUGUGCCUGCGCCCCUCUCAAGUUUCUGUCUGGCGGCUGCUGCUCUAGCCUCCAGUCUCCACCGUCCACCAUCGCCGGCGGCUGCCCCUCUCAAGGUCGUCCCUGCCCCCUGCUCAUCUACAAGGAGCAAGAUGAGCUCGUCAUCCGAAGGUCAUCCCUGCUCCCCUCCUUCCCCCUUGUCUGCACUCUGCACUCUGCAGUUUUACAUUCUGCGCAGCACGGCAGUUUUGCCAAGAAUUUGCAUUCUGCGCAGUCUGCCCUGGCCCUGCUCAUCUAGUGUUCUAUACCUCUAUGUUCUACUGCCUUACUUCAAUAGUACUUAGCUUCAUCUCUGCCAACCAGUUUCCAUCAGCCCAGCAGUAGCAUAUCUAGUGCCUAGUAUUGACUUGACCUCUAUCUGUUGACAUGUUCAGAGUUUCAUGCUGCCGGUGGACGAAGAGGUGCUAAUGUUGAGGUCUUAUUCCCCGGGUCCAAUGUGGUUGGCAGUGGCAGUGCAACUGCAAGUGAUUCUGUUCCUCCUGUGACCUCAAAUGUUGAUAGCACAGGCCCUGCUUCGGCAUUAUCAGCUGCUGCAGACUCAAAAAUCCUUGCUGAAAAGGCUAUUGCAGCACUCCCUCCCGAGCUUAGUGCACAAGCAACUGACCCAAAAAGAAAGGCAAGGUCACAGGACCCAGGAUGGAAGUUUGGGUGGUGGCCAGACACAACAAAGAAGGAUUUUGUUCAGUGUAUUUUCUGUUCGAAGAUUGUUCCUUCCGGAAUCAAAAGGUUCAAGCAACAUCUUGCCGGUGGGUUUGGUGACACCAUGAAGUGUGCUAGAGUACCAGAACUGGUUUCAAAGGAAAUGCACAUGUAUCUAAAAAGGAACAUGAGACUUGUGAUUACUGCUAAUACUGAAGAAGGUGAAGAGGGAGAAGAGCGGAAUGAUGAAGGUCCUGAACCAAGUUCUGGGACAAAAAACAAGCAAACAAAAAAGAAAAUUGCCCAAGCUGCCAUGUCCUCAUUUCUUGUAUUUGCUCCUCCAAAACCAAGUACCCAGAAGGCAAGCAAAUCAGUGAGUGCCAUGCUCUGCAAGACUCCAGAAGAAGUAGUUGCAGAGAGGCAUAAAAACAAAACUUCUCAGUCCACCCUUGAGCACUGCACAAAGAAAGGGACACAAGCACAGCAAAUUGUUGACGACCAUGUAGCUGAUUUUCUGUAUGAGAACAAGAUUCCAUUGAAUGUCGUAAACUCAAGAAGUUGGAAGAUUAUGUUGGAGUCUAUUGGUCAGUACGGUCCUGGAUAUCAUGGCCCAUCGUAUCAUGAGGCUAGAGUACCUUGGCUUGAAAGGGCAGUGAAGAGAACAUCGACAUUGAGAGAUAAGCACGAAGAGGCUUGGAAGGAAUAUGGUUGCUCAAUUAUGUCAGAUGGGUGGACCGACACAAGACAACGUCAUUUGAUCAACUUCCUUGCCAACAGUCCAGCAGGGACAUACUUCCUAGGUUCUGUUGAUGCAUCAAGUGAGGUAGCAAAUGCCAAUAUGUUGGCAGAUCUGUUGGAGAAGCAAAUAAUGAAGGUGGGCAAAGAACAUGUUGUCCAGGUGGUAACUGACAAUGGAGCCAAUUUCAAAGCAGCAGGGCGGAUCCUAAUGGACAGAAUUCCGCAUUUGUUUUGGACUCCUUGUGCAGCACAUUGUUUGGAUCUAUUGUUGGAGGAUAUUGGCAAGAUCAAGGAGUUCAACACUUGCAUCAAUAUGGCAAAGAAGGUUUCAAGGUUCCUAUACAAGCAUGGGCGACUUCACAGCCUAAUGAGAGAAAAGCUAGGCGGGGACCUUGUUAGGCCGGGUGUCACUAGAUUUGCAACAUCAUUCUUGACUUUGGCAAGCAUGUACAAGCAUAAGAAUAGAUUACAGGGCUUGUUUGUUAGUGAUGAAUGGAAUGGCUCUAAGUUUUCCCUACUUCAAGAAGGUGUACAAGCUGAAAAUAUUGUCCUUUCUGUAUCAUUUUGGCAAACUCUUGAAAAUUGUCUACGGGCUUCACAACCUCUUCUCAUUGCUUUAAGGAUUGCUGACGGUGAUGAGACGCCAGCAGCUCCAGAGAUAAUGGCAGCUAUGGACAAAGCAAAAGCCACCAUACAAGAGUCACUAAAAGAGAAGCCAAGAUUACUUGUUGAAGUCAUCUCAUGCUUUGAGAAGAGGUGGGAAACUCAGAUGGAGCAGAAACUAUAUGGGGCAGCCCUUUAUUUGAAUCCAGGUAAAUUCUUUACCUUGAGGGAGAAAGACAGAAGGCAAGCUGCAAGACUUAGAGCUAUGUUCAAUGAUGUUUUGUGGAAGAUGGUCAGUGAUGAGGAUGAGCAAACAAAGAUUAGUAAACAGGCAGAUGACUACGAAAGAUCCGAAGGGGAAUGCUUUUCAAAGGCAGGAGCAAUAAGAGAAAGAGAGAAAAAAAGUCCUAUCCUAUGGUGGGGUGCAUAUGGAGGACUGGCAUAUGAACUACAAAGCCUAGCAAAAAGGGUUAUAAGCCUCUGUUGUGCGGCUUCUGGUUGUGAGAGAAAUUGGUCAGACUUUGCAGCAGUAAGUAACUAAGUACUGUAUUACAAAGCCUAGCAAAAAGGGUUUGCUUGUUGAUUGAUCAUUAUGUGGCUAUGUGCAAUUGUGCAUUUUCAGGUCCAUACAAAAAAGAGGAACCGACUAGAACACCAGAGGCUUAAUAAAUUGGUCUAUGUCAGUUACAACAGAAAGAUGGAAAAUAGGUUUCGAACAAUAAGAGAGCUGGGAUCCAAGGGAAAAAGAAGCAACCCACUGGUGCUUGAAGAGUUUAUGUGGGAAAAUGAAUGGGUUGAAGAAAAUAAUGAAGCUGAUGGUGAUAGCAGCAUAUGGCAUGCUGUGGAUGAGGCAUUAGGGGCAACUCAUGCUCUCCAAGGCAGAAAUUUGCCAAGAUUAGCUGCUGCAGGUGCUGCUUCAAGUUCUCGGCCUCAACGAACCUAUGUUAGGACAAGGAAGCGUUCAAGAAAUGCAGCAGCACAAGAUAUUGGAGAAGAUGAUAGUGAUGCUCAAGAAGAUGGUAAUGCUACAGCAGAUGCAGAAGAACAACAAGAACAACCACUAGAAGCAACUAGAGAUAUGGACCAAGAUGAAUCUGAAUCUGGAGGAGGGAAAGCUGUUGCUAAUGCUUUUUGCUUGGAUGCUGAUCUGCUCUAGGUAGCAGACUAGCAGGUACUCUAUAUUGUUUCACACUUUCACUUAUGUUAUGUCUUAUGUUACAUUCACUUCCAAUUGAAAGCUGCUAUUGUUAUAUUUCAGUAAUUCAGUUCCGAACUUCCAAUUUAAUUUCAGUUCUAUAUGGCUUAUAUGCCUAGAAAUACAUAUAUACAUAUAUAUAUGGCUUAUAUGCCUAGGAAUAUACAUAGGACGACUAGGGACGACCAGAGGCCGACCAGAACCGAUUAGUCGGCCGAUUAGUCGCCCUAAUCGCGAUUAGGCGCCUGGUCGGUCCUGUCGGUCGACUAGCUGGUCGCCCGACUUGAAAUCAGUGAUUGGGACUGAUCGUCGUUGUAGCACUGCUCCUCGCCUCUACAUCCUCGACAGCUUGCGCCUUCCUUCGUCCACUUCAUCAUCUUCGGCUCGUGUGCUUUCUACAGUUUGUCUGUGUUGCCUCUUUUGCCCAAUGGCAUCACCGUCUAGGUCAAUUGUGUGGCUCGCGUCUGUCCACCUUAAUAAAAUCAGGUUGUUUAGGUCAUACGUCAUCUGAGUCUAGCUUCAAUUGUAAGGGUUGUCAUCUUGGAAAACAAAUACAACUUCCUUAUUUUACCAGUGAUUCUCUUCUGCUAGACCAUUUAAUCUUGUUCACUCUAGUGUUUGGGGCCCAGCUCCUUUGGUUUCAAAAGGUGGAAAAUAUGUUUUUUAUGAACAUUCUCGUUACACUUGGAUUUAUUUCAUGAAAGGACGUCCUGGGUUGGUUUCUAUCUAUAGGUCUUUUGCUCGCAUGUUUCACACCCAAUUUUCUGAUCCUAUUAGAAUUGUUCGCUCUGAUUCUGGUGGUGAAUAUUUAUCUGAUUCUUGUCGACAAUUUCUAACUUCAGAGGGUACUAUUGCACAACUUUCGUGCCAACCAGCACAUGCUCAAAAUGGUGUUGUUGAACGCAAGCAUCGUCAUGUCAUAAAAACUGCUCGCACCCUUUUGAUAUCUUCUUUUGUCCCCUCGCAUUUUUGGUGAGAAGCAGUGUAUACCGCUAUCUACCUCAUCAAUAGACAGCCAUCAUCAAAACUCUCAGGGGAAAACUCAUGUUGAAGUUCUUUUUGGAACUCCACUCUAUGACCAUCUUAUAGUUUUGGAUGUACAUGCUACGUAUUGUUAGCCUCUCGUGACAGGACUAAAUUAACUGCUCAACCAAUUGAGUAUGUUUUUCUUGGACAUAGUCCGGAGCACAAAGGCUAGAUGUUAUGAUCCUUCAGCACGUUGCAUUCGUAUUUCAUGUGAUGUGAGUUUUAAUGAAAACCGACCUUUCUUUUAUAACUCACACAUUCAUAUUCUUUUUCUACAGAGUCCACCUCUUUCAUGUGCCUUCCUCCCAUCCAUGCUCAUUCAUCUGGGUCUUCAUCUUCCACUACACCAUCGUCUACCACAUCCUCACCGGAUGUUCUCAUUCCCGUUACAAAUCCUUCUACCUCAACAACCACCAAUUACCAAAACCUACAUUUGUCGUCCUCGCACUUGUCCCAUGGCUGGUCAUGAUGGUGAACCUGUUGUUGAUGCUUGUACUAACAAUGAUGACUCUCCGGUUGUUUCUGAUGAUCUAUAGAUUGUUGAUGGGUCACAAUUUGCUGAUGUGUUACCAAAUCACUAGGGAUAUCAUCUUUGUGAUCGUAUUACAAUUGAACCUUCAGGUCGCUAUGGAUUUCCUAGUGUUGUUGUAAUUGUUGAACCAUCUAAUUAUCAUGAAACUUCUGGUAUUCAUGAAUGGCGGCUUGCUAUGCAAGAAGAGUUGGACGCUCUUGAUCGAACGGGUACUUGUGACCUUGUUCCUUUACCAUCACAUGCAGCCCCUAUAACAUGUAAAUGGGUCUUUAAGAUUAUGACCAAAUCAGAUGGUUCAGUUGAGCGAUAUAAAGCUCGUCUUGCGGCUAGAGGUUUUCAACAGACUAAGGGUCUAGAUUAUGAUGAAACCUUUGCACCGGUCACCAUAUGACGAUUGUUCGUACUUUGACUGUUGUUGCAGCAUCUUCAUGGACUCUCUCUCAGAUGGAUGUCAAAAAUGUUUUUCUUCAUGGUGAUUUACAUGAAGUUUAUAUGCACCCACCACCAGAGGUUGAUAUUCCUUCCGGCCAUGUCUGUUGUCUGCGUAAAGCUUUAUAUGGAUUGAAACAGGCCCCUCAUGCUUGGUUUCAAAGAUUCGUCACUGUCAUAAGGGUCGUUGGUUUUACCUCUAGUGAUCAUGAUCAUGCAUUAUUUCUUUAUUACUCUUCAUGAGGGUGCACCUUGCUCCUAUUAUAUGUUGAUGACAUGUUGAUUACGGGUGAUGAUCCAGAACAUAUCUAUCAAGUAAAACAUCUUAGUUAGCAGUUUAAGGGUGUGUUUGGUUUGACUUUUGGCUUUUGCCCCCUAAAAGCCAAAAGCCAACCAAAGGGUUAGAUUCAGGAAGCAGCUUUUUCUAAAAGCUGGCUUUCUCACAGUGCAAAUCUGAAAGCACCCCUGAACCUGCUUUUAGUGGCUUUUCGAAUGGAACUGUGAAAACAUAUAUCGAAGAACUUUUAACGACUUUUAGUGGUUUCCACCAAACAAUUUUUAGCUUUUUAACGGCUUACAGCCUACAGCAGCUUUUUCCACAGCUCACAGCCCACAGCAACUUUUUUCACAGCCACAGCCCAACCAAACAGACCCUAAGAUGUCUGAUUUAGGCCCUCUUGUAUAUUUCCUGGGGAUUGAGGUAUUACAAUCUACAAAGGGCUAUUAUCUCUCGUAGUCUAAAUACAUCCAAGAGAUUAUUGCUCGCUCUGGUCUGACUGAUAAUCGUACAACUGCAACACCCAUGGAUAUUCACUUACAAUUUUGUCUGAAUGAUGGUUCACCACUACAGGAUCCAUACAGAUCUUACCAACACUCGACUGGAUAUUGCACAUGUUGUUCAUAUUCUGAGUCAGUUUGUCUCUGCGCCUACUUCAGUUCAUUAUAGUCACUUGCUUCGUGUAUUGAGAUACUUACGGGGAACCACAUCUUGAGGCUUAUUCUAUGAUUGUAAUAGUCCUCUUCGGCUUCAUGCUUACUCUGAUGCCACUUGGGCGAGCGAUCGCACUGAUCGAUGCUCUAUUACAGGUUAUUGUAUUUUUCUUGGUUCCUCUCCUAUUGCAUGGAAAUCAAAGAAGCAAGUUGUUGUAUCAAGAACCAAUGCAGAAGCAGAACUUCGAGCUCUUGCUACCACUAUUGUCGAGAUUAUAUGGCUACAAUGGUUAAUGGCUGAUCUUGGUGUCUCUUGUGAUACUCCUACGCCUCUUCUGUGCGACAGCACUGGAGCCAUUCAAAUUGCAAAUGAUCUUGUGAAGCAUGAACUUACAAAACAUAUUGGUGUUGAUGUUUUCUUCACACGGUCUCAUUGUCAACAGAAAACUAUUGCUCUUCAACAUGUGCCCUCAGAAAUGCAAGUUGCAGACUUCUUCACAAAAGCACAAACAAGAGAACAACAUCGUCUCAACUUGUUCAAACUCAAUGCUUCAGAUCCUUCGCUUCCACCUUGAGUUUGAAGGGGGUGUUAAGGCCCAUAAUGGCCCAUAUUAGCUGUGACACUAAUUGCUCUCUCUAAUCCAAGGUUAGUGACACUAAUGAGAAAAGGAGGCAUUAAGGGUGGGAGGGAUAUAACCAGGAUAAUAAAAUGUUGGAAGGCUUACAAGAUAGCCAUAACAAGAUCUUAGUGGGAGAUAUUAAUAGCAGAAUAAACAAACAAGCUAAAUUUCUAGGUUUUUUAUAUUUGAAAUGUCAAGUAUUUGUAAAAUAAAUUAUAUGUCCAUGUUAUAUUAAGAAGUGCAAACAAUUGGAGAUAGUGAAAACAUUUGUAAUGUUAGAUGGCUUUGACAAUAAUUCAUCACCUAGUGAUGCCAAUAUCACUACUGUCAGAAGCCUACUGACUACAUGUCAAGUCAAAAUUGAAUGCCCUUCUGAAUUAUUAUAUGGUUUAGUAAGGCCAGAACCAAUAGGCUAUAAUAGACAUAAUCAAAAGUUGUCAUUUUUGCUUUUUUUAUAUAGCUUGAAGUCCUUGUGGAAUGCGGCUUUUACAAUACAUGCUAUUGGUUCAGAGUACAAGAUACAUAUACUUUUAAUCUUUUAUAAUGCCUGCCCAAAUACAUCAUUUCAGAUCAGUACCCGUUAUCCAUCUCUUAUGCAAGGUUAUUAAAAUGAUAAAACGUUGGAACGCUCAUGGGUGAAAUUUUAGUUUUAAAAAACAUAGGAAAAAUACCAAUAUAUCAUAAUUUCAGACAGUAAUAUGAAGUUAAAUACCAAAACAGAGAGGUUAGUGGCUUACUAAAACUUCACCCAUGAGCUGGAUUGAACCCCAAAAGUAACUAAUAGACUGGGCCCAAAAAUAGCUAAUGGUCUAAAAUGCAUAAAACACUAUGUUUUACAGUUUAG